CUCUUGUCUUCAUAUUUCUCUGCAUCUGCCACCAGUAUACGCCAAACUAAGAGGAGGAGGUGAGCUCUCUUCGUUUCUUCUUCCUGACUUCCCCAAGUCCACCAUGCAGGCCUUGAAGAAGUACUCUCCCUCUGAGAUCUCACUCCACGCCUCCAAGAAAGACUGCUGGGUGUCCAUCCAUGGCAAGGUUUAUGAUGUGACCACCUUCUUGGAGGAUCAUCCGGGAGGGGAGGAUGUGAUCCUCCAUGCGUCAGCCGGUGGCGAUGCUACCCAAGCAUUCGAUGAUGUGGGUCACAGCUCCACUGCCAUUAUCAUGAUGGAAGGCUAUGUGAUCGGCACCGUCGAGGGUCAUGUUGCCGUCGAUGAGCCUAGCAAACCAGUCAGCGGACUACAGCGAUUGCAGCGGAAGCAGCCACCCCCUUCCUACAACUUCUCGGACUUCCUCCUGCCUCUGCUGGUCCUCGGCUCUGCCUUUGCAGCUUGGUAUUACCUCAACUUCUAUUCCGUGCCCAAGGCUUAAAUGACCAUAUGAUGGCUAGAUGUAGCUUCCUAUGUUGUCGAGAAGAAUUAGAGGCAUGUGGAAUGAAACAUGUUGAUGAUGAUGAUACAUCUUUAUCGUCGUAAGAAUGAGGGAGAGCUUUAGUUUCUAUUGCUUCACAAACUUCCAAAUGCAAUCAGUGCUGAAUUGUUAUUCUAGACAAGCUUAUCGAUAUCGUUCUCCAUUACUGUUCCGAUCACCAUGAACAAAUUCAACUUGUACUCCAUAUAAAAACCUAUUCACAGA